ACUCGUUUAAUCAUUUCCAACAUGCGAAAAGCUGCGCUUCUCACCAUUGCCAAUUUUGGCUCUGCCUUUGCCGCUCUACAGUUCUACAGCCAGUGUGGUGGUGGUGCUUACACCGGAGACACCACAUGUCCCUCCGGUUCCACAUGCGUCGAAGCCAGCAAGUGGUACAGCCAGUGUAUUCCCGAUGCCAAGGCUGGUCCCUCUCCUAAGGCUGCUGCUGUCGAAAAGUCUGAUGUUAAUCUUCCCAGCUUCGGGUUCCCCGAGUUCCCUGAAGCUCCUGGAAGCGGUAGCGGCAAUCAAAACGGUGGUGAGAACGACGAGAAUGCUUCUCUUCCCCCUAUUGUCUCAGCUCCAGCGGAGGAGGCUGACGAGUCCAGCAAGAAGCCUGUUGAGACUGCCAUCGAUGGCCCCGUAGCUAAUCCAACUGAAGCUCCUGUCGCUACUCCUGAUGCCGGCUCUGGAUCUGGCUCAGGAGCUGGAGGUAUCACACGAACUAUCCCCGCAUCCAGCGGUGCCAGUGCUGCUGCUACCGCCAUCCCUGUUUCUGGUGAAUUCGAUGGCAAAAUGACAUACUAUGAUCGUUCCCCGGCCGUAUGCCAGGAUCAGGUGGAGACUGGCGAGGCUGAUGCCAUGUUCAUUCUCGAGGAUGGUGCUACUCUCCGCAAUGUUAUUAUUGGGCCUGGCCAAGCUGAAGGCGUCCACUGUAAGGGAACCUGCACUCUUGAAAACGUCUGGUUUGAAGACGUUUGUGAAGAUGCCAUCACCCUAAAGCAAAAGUCUGGCACCUCCACUAUCCGUGGAGGAGGUGCUUUCCACGCCGCCGAUAAGGUUGUUCAGUUUAACGGUCGUGGCACUGUCGAAAUCUCCGACUUUUAUGUUGAAGACUAUGGCAAGCUUGUGCGAUCUUGCGGUAACUGCAAGGAUAAUGGCGGUCCCCGGAAUGUUGUUAUUGACAACGUCGCUGCUGUCAACGGCGGUGUUCUCUGCGGUAUCAAUACUAAUUAUGGCGACACUUGCACCGUCUCCAACGCUUGCCAGGACUCAGGCAAGAACUGCGACCUUUUCGAGGGUAACUCUGACGGCAGUGAACCCUCUAAGCUAUCUAGUGGCCCUGAUGGCACUUCUUGCAGGGCUGAUAACUUCUCCGAGACUUGCUAAAUUAAGUUUUGAAUAUGGGAAGAUCUCAACGGGACUUGAUGGACAUCAACCUUAUGUUAUUAUAUCACAGCAGAUUCCUGUGAAUCAAGUUUCCAGAGCCGAUCAAGACACA